AAAAUGUGAUGAGUGCGUCAUUAAAUAAAACACUUUCUUCCUUCCAUUUACCAUAUGUUACACACAUCAUCUGGUUUAACUAUAAUCUUCAUAAAAAAGUUGGGGAACCUGAAAUAUUAAAACAUACGUUUUGACCACAGACAUCCUAGUAAAGAACGUUCAGGUCUGUUUAUCAACACACCGGAACACAUUCCAGAGUUUGCACAUGCAUCUCGCAGUUGCCCCGUGCGUGGUGUGUCAUUCUCAAUUUUGACAAUUUCCAAGAAGGUCGAUUAAUCACUGUGGAACAUGUAUUUAUUUCUGUCAAUCUUUUUCAUUCUGUUGAUCAUACAGUUGUUAUUGUUUUGUUUUAAGUCAUUUUUAUUGUUUGAUUUUGCGAUUUACUGAUAAAAAAACGUCAACUUUCAAAUUUCACUUCUGACCUAAAUCGUCCUUGGUGGUCAUAAUACUGAACUACCAGUUGUGAUUUUUGUCCAAUUAAUUCACUAUUAUCAUAUAACCAUUCCCCACAGCUAAUAUACCUUACAAUUUUGGCAACUGAAAAUUAUUAUUAGUUCCCCUACUUUUUUUGAAGAGUAUAUGUUAAUUAUUUUCGUUUAUAUAUGCAGUUUUCGGUACUGUUUAGUGCAGCUAAAGUUCGGUACUAUCAAAAUUAGAACACCUUAAGGCCAGUGGCGUAGGGAAGUUGGGGGGGGGGGGGCAGGGGGGUAUACGGGGGCCAUGCCCCCAAUCAAACUUAAAAAAAAAAACCUAUUCAAUUUUAUAAACUCAUACAUAUAUACUUACAUACAAAGUGCGGGUCCCCGUCCGCCCCCCCCCCCCCCCCCCCAUCUAACAUUUUGGCUACACCAGUACCUAAGGCGGGUCUACACUGAAUGCGGCGCAUAUGUGCCUUCCGGCUUUUCCGUCUGAUGCCUCUGUGUGCUGCGGCUUGUCUUUGGAUGCUUUACCUAACUACAAUGUACAUGCGAGCAACAAUUGUCCCAAGUUCAAUAUUUUAUCACUGAACACGUUACUUUUUCCGCAGGAGUCGCUGGAUGCGAGCAAUAUGGACUAUGUUACUGACACAGACUGCCUUGUCACGUCAGACUAUCUGUUAUGACAACACUGGAGUCGAAGAUGUCAAUGAGACGCCCUAUCCCAGUAAAGUGACUGUGAACAACGUCAUAGAAGAUUCGUCUAUAAUAAAAAGAAAAAUAAUCACCAGUGACAACAACGCUUCUGAAGUAACCACUGUCCCAUCUACACGGGUCUUUGACAACAUCACGACAGCGAUGGACACUCUUGGCAACAUCACGACAGCCAUGGACACUCUUGACAACAUCACGACAGCCAUGGACGCUCUUGACAACAUCACGACAGCCAUGGACGCUCUUGACAACAUCACGACAGCCAUGGACGCUCUUGACAACAUCACAACUGCGAUGGACGCUCUUGGCAACAUCACGACUGCCAUGGACGCUCUUGACAACAUCACGACAGCCAUGGACGCUCUUGACAACAUCACGACAGCCAUGGACGCUCUUAACAACAUCACAACUGCGAUGGACGCUCUUGGCAACAUCACGACUGCCAUGGACGCUUUUGACAGCACAACAGAGAAGGCGGCAACAACAGAUGCCAAGAAAACAUCUCAAGACAUUGAUUCUUCAGUUACGAACAUCUCUGACACGAACAGGACUUUUAAGGAAGUUUUUCACAAGAGCUUGACUACCUCAAACGUACUUUACACGAUGAUUCCAAUCACAGAAUAUUACAACUUGAACACGAUUGCGACGAACCUCCCUGAUAAUACGAACAUGACAGACAAAGCAUCGCUGAUGGUCAUUGGCGACUAUGUAAGCUACGUCAUCACACCAUUUUUCCUAGCAACAGGUCUUUUUGGCAACGUUAUGACUGUCAUAGUGAUGCAGAGCAGAGCGUUCUCCUCAAUGACUAUGGGCACUAUUCUAACCGCCCUGUCUGUGUCUGACACCACUUUCCUUCUGAUGCAUCUGUUCACGAAACCGUUCAUCAUCGAGAUAGUAGGAAUGGACGUCCGAGCUCUGAGUGACGAGUCCUGUAAGCUUUUCUUCAUCCUCCUCAAAACGGCAAAGAUGUCGUCCUCGUGGUUUGUCGUUCUCGUCUGUCUGGAGCGACUCGUCGGAGUCUGGUUUCCCCUGAGGGCGAGGAUGAUCAACAGCAGGCGUCACGUAGUCAUGGCAAUCGCUGCGAUCUGUACCACAGCCAUCACCUUCAACGGAUUCUGGUCCUUUUCGUCGAAGGUAGUCUUUAACGGCACGUACUGUUUAGUCAGCUACUCCUACCCCGCCAUUGCGAUGAAAACGAAGAUCUUCUCGAUUGUGGGGACGCUGCUGUACGCUGGGAUCCCGACAGUUCUUCUACUCAUCAUGACCCCAGCUAUUAUCUAUCGUAUUCAGAAGCAGUCCAGGAUACGUAGACAGCUGUCGACCGCCCGUCUGAGUAAAUAUGACACAAAUCAGAAGAGUGUUGCCAUGCUCCUGAGUGUCUCGAUCACGUACAUACUCCUCGCCUUCCCUAUAGCAGCCGUCUUCGUCGUCGCCAUGGUCCAGGGAGAGAACAUGUUCCAGAGCAGGGAUCCUGUGAUCUCUGUGAUACGUCACGUUGCCCAGCCAUUAGAACUGCUCAAUUAUUCCAUCAACUUCUUUCUCUACGUCGCGUUCAGCAGCAAGUACCGUCGUCGUAUUGGCGAACUCAUCUGCUGUCGCUGGAGGACAGGUCUGAAAGAACAAUUGACUCUAACUUAGUGUGGAAUUUCAUUUCAACUUAUGUUCGUGCUUAUGGCCAAUUAAGGUUCAAGCACGCUGUCCUAGGCACACACCUCAGCUAUCCGGGCUGUCUGUUCAGGACAUUGGGUUAGUUGUUAGUUGGUUAU